AGUCCGCGAGUAGCAGUCUCGGGCCGCCAUCUUGAAAAGGUCAGCAGUUAGGACGGUUCCAUCGACGAUGUGGGGAAGACUGGGAACUGCGCUAAAAGAAUAUCAAGUAUUUUUGCAUACUUCCCAAGUUUCUUAGAAAGCAAUAAUUGAAAUAACUCCCCAGGUAAACAUAUUUGGGCCUGGUGUGGCUAAGUGCGUAUUCCUCAGCAAAUCCUUCUCUGGUGCAAAUACCAGCUAUCCCUGUCCCCUGCCUCUGGACGGUAGUACAUGCCAAUCGGAGCGUGUGUUCGCCACUACGACUAGUCUGCCGCACUUCCGGCCAGAUCGCCGGAUAUCCGCUGAGUGACCCUUACAAGUCCUUUUUGAUCCUGAAGUGGAAUAGGUGCCGCUGUUGCUGCUCGUGUUGAGUCCAGAGCCGCAGCCGGACAUGGGGCUAGAGGACGAGCAAAGGAUGCUGACCGGAUCCGGAGAUCCCAAGGAGGAGGAAGAGGAGGAAGAGGAAUUAGUGGAUCCCCUAACAACAGUGAGAGAGCAAUGUGAGCAGCUGGAGAAAUGUGUAAAGGCUCGAGAGCGGCUCGAGCUCUGUGAUGAGCGUGUAUCCUCCAGGUCACAGACAGAGGAGGACUGCACAGAGGAGCUCUUUGACUUCUUGCACGCAAGGGACCACUGUGUAGCCCACAAACUGUUUAACAGCUUGAAAUAAGUGUGCAGAUUUGUUCACCCCAGCCUUCAUCACCUGGGCAUUGGGAUAUUUCCUCAUGGUUUUGAACAUGAUGUUUAUUUGUGUAACUAAGUUCAUGUGAAUCUCAAGGAUUUUGGCUUAGGCAAGUAAUUUCUGUGUAAUUAUCAGUGAUUUCAUCUUAAUAAAGUCCAGUGAUCAGCA